AAACAUUUUUAUAUACUCGUAUAUUAUCAAGCCGGUAGGCGGCAGCGCAGUCAGCGCCGACUGCGACGUCAGCGUCGCUGCCUAUCUCACCUUACAUAGCCGCAAAUUCAAAUUUGAACUUCAGUCAAGUGUCAAAGCUCAAAGGAUUAGCAUGUCCUUGCAGCUGCAGCAUGUGUGAACCAGUGAAGCUCGCUCAGAAAUACCAUUCCUAGAGCCCAAUUACCUACUAAGUUGCCAAAAACUAAAGGAAAACCGCCAGAAACCCAAGAGGAUCACCUGAAAAAGUGUAAUUUUACUUCCGCAUUUUGGAAAAGUAUUAAGAGUGCCAAUUAGCUAGAGAGGUUUUUCAACGGGGCAAAGGAAUAUGGCGCCACAACAACAGAACUCCACAUUCAUCGAUGAUAAUCUGGACAGCUGUCCAUCGCUGUUGAAUCUACCCGAAAGCCCCAUUCUUCCGCCGCGCCGAUGUCAAAAUCAAGACACCAACAAUAAUAAUAAUAAUAAGCAGGCUGCAUUCGAGGAGCGAUUGGUGGACGAGUCGGUGGGGGAACCACCAUUAGCACCACCUAUAGCACCGCCCGAAGCACCACCACCACCAGCCCGGCAAGCAUGCAAAAAUAAACACGGCAGGGAAAACGGAAACGUUGGCCAGGCCGGUCGUCGCCACCGUUCCAUUUCCCUCUACGGCGUUAAUAGCACUGUGGAACAGGGCCACAAGGAAAUCCCCAUCUGGAUGGACGAUGGCGAGGCGCGUUACGUAUCGGGAGUGACGAACAAAACCACUUGCGAUGACAUAAUCAAGGCCCUGAUUGAUGACGAACUGAGCAACGGCGAUGGGUAUUACCAUUACUGCGGCAAUAAUCCGAAAGAUGGCGGCCAGAGAAAUACGGCGGCAGCAUCGCGUGACUACGGCGAUUACAUUAUAACGGAAAGUUGGGGCGGCAUAGAGCGGAGCUACGAUGGCAACAUGGCCAUUUUGCCCGUUUGGCGCGCUUGGAGUCGUGUACACAAUGAGCUCCGCAUAUCAUUGAAGCAUCGAGAUAACUUCAGAGAUCCACAGACCAUGCAAUUAAUACCCCAUUCGCAACCACCCACGAGUUUUUCUAUGAUCAAGUGGCUAAAGAAACUUCUGCAUCUUAAAAAGGAGAAGAAAAUAAUGCCAAAACCUAACAAGACACCUCCUAAAUUGCCCAAUAAACGGAGGGAGAGGAGUUUGCUUGGCCAACAGCAAGCGGUGCCCGACGACCUAGUACUGGUUUUAAUGCCAGACCAACUAUAUAAGGGUACGGAAAAUGCAGCCAAAGCCAAGCUGUAUAAACUGGCCGAGAAUCGGGUUUCCAAGCAGCGUCGUCGAAGGCGAAGUCGUCACGAGGUAACCAAAACUUCGAUAGAAACAUUCAGAACUGCGAUUCCCAGCGAAUGCAACAACAAUAAUUAUAAUAAUUGCAUAAAAAGGCGAAAGGAUAAACCGUUGCGUAAUAGUGUUCGCAAUAAACUGGCAUCCCUUCAUGCCGAUAUGAAUGUUCUCUAUGAAAAGGAAUACGCACUAACACGCGAGUUAUCGGAAAAGUGCCGAUUACAUCGAUUGCAAAACGAACGGUACAAGGGACCGGAAAUGGAGGUAUCAGUUGGGCAAUUGCAACAAAAUAUCGAGGCUUAUGCUGAGGAUAUUAUCAAAACCGAGCACGAGCUACUCGAAUUGAAAAACGAUAUAAGACACGAUAUAUCACUGAUCAAUAAUUUAAAACGUCUGACCUUGGAAGAAACGAAGGGAGGCACUCCUUUAAAACCACAACCCUCAAAUGAAAUGGAAAAUACCCCUCAAGUUGCUAAAAAUAUGCUGGAAAUGCAGUUUGUUGAUAAUAUUUACGAGUUUUGCGAUAAUAAUGCCAGUAUGCUGGUAUAAUUCCAAAUAGUUGUAAUUUGUUAAGU